AUGGCAUCUCUAAUAGACCAUAGAGGACGGCCAUUAUAUGACUUACCACACAAAAUGGCAAGUAUAACUAUAUUAAGUAAGAACUCCUAUGAUCUAAACUUGAAAGGUUUUUUUAACCUUUUUAUCCUCAUACUGGUAUUUAGCAAUAUGGGAGUUGUUUUAGAGAAUGCCAUGAGCUAUGGAUGUAAAGUAAAAAUUCCAACUGGAAUCACAGAUUUAGUUCAGAAUUGGCCAAUAUUGUGGUGCCUAUGCCAAAUGAUUGUACUAUUGACACUUUCAUAUUUGAUAGAAAGAUAUAUAUUAAUUAUUGUGGUACUAUCAACUAAUGAAGAACCGAAUAAAAAGGAAAGGAAGGAAAAUAAACUAUCUAAAAUAAUAGGAGUAGAGAAUUUGCUGCAAUUAUUUUCGUUUUUGGCUACUUUAAUAUCAAUUCCACUUAUAUGCAUGAAUAUGUUAAUGAUAUUGUACUUACCUUAUAAGACUGUAAAAUUUUAUAACCCAGAUCCUUUGUCAUCUGUUGUCCUUCUAUGCUUUUCUUUCGUAUGGUUUUUCAAGACAUUAUCAUUUCAUCAUGUAUGCCAUGAUGCACGUCGCUGUAUACUAGAGAAUGAAGAUUUUCAUGAAAUUUGUGGUACACUUCCAGAGGCAGAAAUAGCCAGUAAAUAUCCAAAAUGUUUAUCUAUAAAAUAUUAUUUUUGGUAUAUAUUAAUACCAACAAUGUGUUUCCAAUUUUGGUAUCCACGUACAAGUGGUAUUAAAUGGCUAGAAGUAAUUAAGCAUACAAUUGGACUACUUGGUUGCCUACUGUUAAUGAAGAUAAUUGUUGAACAAUAUGUUGUUGUUACUGCUCAUUAUACCUUUACUUUGAAAGAGUUACAAAAGAUGAAUAUACACCAAUUUAUAGUGCAUAUGACAACUCGGAUAAUGAAAUUAUCAAUACCAUCACUUUAUGUUUGGUUACUUGGGUUUGUUGCUUUAUUUCACCAUUACUUAAAUAUUCUUGGUGAAAUAACUUGUUUUGCUGAUCGAGCUUUUUAUUUAGAUUGGUGGAAUGCUGGUAGUUUUGGUGAAUAUUGGAGGAAAUGGAACUUACCUGUCCACUUUUUUUUGACAAGACAUAUAUUUAAACCAAUUAGAAAGGCAGGUGUGAAUAGUGCUGCUGCCAAUUUACUAGUAUUUACAUUAUCCGCUCUUAUUCACGAAUACCUUGUAGUCAUUCCCUUAAAUAUUGGAUGGACUGGAUGGGUAGUUUUAGCUUUUGUCUUACAAGUACCAUUGUCAUUAUGGACACAAACAAGUGCAAUUCAGAGCAGAGAAACUCUUGGAAAUGUAGUAUUUUGGAUUUGUUUCUGUUUCUGUGGUCAACCGAUAGCUGUAUUAUUAUAUUACUAUUUAUGGGCUCUUUCUAAGGGUGAAAUAGAUCAAAUAGACCUACAUAAAAUUGAAGGUAUACCACAAAUACCACUGGAUAAUAUAUCAGAAUAUAUUUCUAACUUAACAAAUGUUUAG